GCACUGAUAGGCAGCACUGAUGGGCACUGAUACGCAGCACUGGUGGGUACUGAUGAGAUCAAAGCAUAUUUGUGUGCAGGGGCGGACUGACAACUCAUGGGGCCCCCGGGCAAUAGGGGAUCAUGGGGCCCCUGUGUCCUUAACCAAACUCAAAAAAGCCUAUGAAAAAGGUACCAGGGGCAUCUCAUGGGGCCCCCUACUGACCUGGGCCCUCGGGCAGUGCCCGAGUUUCCAAAUGGUCAGUCCGCCCCUG